UCUCUCUCUCUAAGUGGGAGUGUCAUGUUGAAGUGUACUUAGUGCGCACUACGAAAAAAACGAGUGUUUAAAAAGUUUUAUUAUUACUUUUACUUUUAUUAUGAGUUUAAAAAAGUGGUGACACAAACAUGGCGAUCUGGACUCGAGCGGACCGGAACGGACAACUGGACCUGCUGCUGCGGGACCGUUGGGUUCGGGUCACCGCAGAACUCACGCGCGAAACUUUGACUUUGACGGCCGAGGGAGAACCGAGCGGGACCGAAGGCUACAGCCCUCCAUCCGGGAUACGAACCGCCGUGACAAACGGGACCGACCCAGGGAACCAGAACCGCUCUCAGAGCCCAAACUCAUCAGGGGAACAGAACCACUUCAAACUGGGCGGAAGUAACGGAGCAUCCGGAGAGUACCACAUCCACUACAGCAAGUUAAUCCGUGAUAACGGAGCCAGCCCUUCUGAGUUUGGGAGUCCUGCUUCGAGCUAUGGAAGUCCCGGAUCGGGGUUCGGGUCUAGACCCGGUGAAACAAGUUCACCAUCACUAUCGGAACCGGUCCGGAAAGUUCGGGUGGUUAAACAGGAGGCGGGCGGCUUGGGAAUCAGCAUUAAAGGAGGUCGGGAGAACAGGAUGCCCAUCCUAAUUUCUAAGAUUUUCCCCGGACUGGCGGCGGACCAGAGCCGGGCUCUGCGGGUCGGAGACGCUAUACUGUCCGUGAACGGGAACGAUCUCCGGGAAGCCACGCACGACCAGGCGGUUCAGGCGCUGAAGAAGGCCGGGAAGGAGGUGACUCUGGAGGUAAGGUAUAUUCGUGAGGUGUCUCCUCUCUUUAAGAAGCCGUCGGCUUUAUCGGAGCUAAGCUGGGACGGGAGUGACGACUCUCCCAAACACAACAUGACCAAAGGCAGGAAGAUCAUUCCACUGAAAAUGAGCUUCAUCUGCAGGAACCUCACCAUGCCUGACCUGGAGAACAGAUUGUUGGAGCUGCACUCUCCUGAUGGUCAGAACUCAGUGGUUCUGCGCUGUAAGGACACGGCCACUGCGCACUCCUGGUUCACCGCCAUACAUGCCAACAUCGCUGCGCUGCUGCCACACACACUCACCCACAUCAAUGCCUUCCUGAGUGCCUCCAGCACACACACACAGCUUAAACACAUCAGCUGGCUCGCAGAACAGGUAACUAUGGAAAAUGGCCAUCACCAGUACAGGCCAGUUGUCAUGGCGAUGACAGAGAAAGAUGUUCUGCUGUUCGACUCGGUGCCGUGGACACGAGAAAGUUGGAGCACACCACUGACCAUACACUCACUGCUGACCACCCGACUCGUUCACUCGGGCAGUACCCGUGGUUCCCCAUCUUUAGGUUCUGAUCUUCUCUUCAUGACUCGAACUGGUUCUAGUCGUGGUGUUGAGUCUCACGUGUUCCGUGUGGAGACGCACUGGGACCUGUCGUCAUGGACACGAGCACUCGUACAGGGGACCCACACUGCCGCCGAGCUCGUCAAAGAGGUGUCCAUAGGGUGUGUGUUAAACAGGGAGGAGGUGUGUUUGGUGCUGCACUAUGAGCGAGGCUUCACUGUACUUAGAGGAGGAGGAGGAGCUCCUGUAGGUGGCACUGUGCUUCUUCACUACCCCUACGACAAGCUGCGUAACUCUGCAGACGACGCAGACAGACUCCUGUACCUCGACUUCGGGGGGCCUGAGGGGGAACUGACGUUUGAUCUGCGCUCUAAUCCAAAGCCAGUAGUGUUUGUUCUCCACUCGUUCCUGUCGGCCAAACUCGCACGCCUGGGCCUGAUCACAUGAGACUGACAGAGAUGGAGAGAGGGACGGAGAGAUGGAGAGAGGGACGGAGAGAUGGAGAGAGAGUGGUGGGAAGUGAGGGAUGGAGGGAUGAAUAGAGAGAGUUCCAUAAAUACUCCUCCUAUUACACACACAUUUAUCUCACUUAAUGGGGUAUCAUAAUGGAUUAUGUGAAUUCUAUUCACCUAUAUGCACGUGUGUGUGUGUGUGUGUGUAUGUGUGUGUGUGUGUAUGCUUCAGGUUAACCACAUGUGCCUUUGUGUGUCUAAUCAGAUAAACAUAGGAUUACAUGCUAAAUAUGCAAAAUUAUAGUAUUAAUCUGUGUGUGUGUAGAUAUUUGUGUUAUUAUGACUCAGACUGUUACUGUGUGUGUGUUGGUUACUGAGGCAUUCCAGUGCAGUGUUACAGCUCUGUGAGAGAGUGUGUGUGUGAGAGAGAGAGUGUGUGUGAGAGUGUGUGUGAAAUGUCACACGAUUCUCUUAUCUGCUUAAAUGAAGUCCUCUGAUUGGCUGUUAGAGUGUACUGGAGUGACCAAUCAGAGCGGUGCUUCACCCUGUUUAUGGCACCUCGAACAGCUGUUUACAGAAACACGUCUGUGUGCCACGGCACUUAACAUUAAACACAUUUAACAAAUAACAGGCUUUAUCAAACAGUUUAAAUAACAAAUGAUUGGAAUUCAGUAAAAGCUUAGAUUAAUGAAUUCAUUUCUGAGGUCAGGAUUGGACUAAUAAGAAAUAAGAUCAUUCUCUCUCAAACUGUGCAUUCGUAUCAUGAAUAAUCUGAUUUACUUUCAAAGUAAAUGACCCAGAAGGUGACUGCAGCACAACAACACUUAGAGAAAAUUCUUCUAUCCACUCUGUAGCUUCUUACCUUUAAUGCUUUUCCUAACGUCCCUCUGGAGAACCUAUUAAGGUUCUGUAUAGAACAUUCUAACCCUGUUCCCCCCAUCAGGGAGACACAUUUAGAAAGCUAAGAGAAUACUUCCUUCAUUCCCACUGGACACCCAGCAUUCCCAGGACAGACUCCGGCUCCAGUGCCAUCCUGAGCGAGAUCGAAAGUUUCAUUCAUUUCAGAAGAAUCUGAAUGAACUGAAAUGUGCAGAACUUAAAAUGCUCUACACUUAAAUCAGAUACAGGCUUUAAAUAUAUGUACAAUAAAAUGUCCUGACUGUACUAGACAAUCAAUAAUAAUAAUAAUAAUAAUAAUAAUAAUAAUAAUAAUAAUAAUAAUAAUAAUAAUAAUAAUAAUUGGGACCAAGUCUGAUGGAUGUGAAACAUUCCAUGUUCUAUGGACCCCUUUUUCCCAACAUUUUGCAUGUGACUGUAGAUUACAGGACACUGUGUACCGUGUGGACGUGUCCUGAUUAUCAGUUCAUCAUGAUCUUUAAUGUAAUAUUAUCAUCAGAGACAUUCCAAAGAUCUGUCACUGUUAAUUACUCAGUUAUUAAUGACAUGGAACAGUUUCAUGGAACCCUUGGACAUGGAAUCCUUUUGUUGAUCAGGAAGUCGACACCCACACAGAGAUCAUCAGUGAUAAAGUAAUGCACUUAGUUGUUUGUGGCCUUAGACAUUUCCUAAGAGCUGAAGGGCGUUUAUCUUGUCAGAGCUCACUCAGUGCUUUAAGUGUGUAUGUGUGUGCAUGUGUGUGUGUGUGUCAGUGUCACUGAAGUGAAACUUGUGUUUCAUUAUAUGAAACACAUCUGACCAAUCAGAGAUGUUCAGUAUAAGCUCCGCCCCGAUAGCUCCUGCUUCCUCUGGUGGUAAUGUGAUUUGCUUGGCUGAGUUGAUGUGUGUUCCAGCUAGAUAAUCAUCCUCUACACACACGUGUGUGAUGUAAGAGAUGCACAACGCAGAGCACAAAAUCAGCUCACACACACAGAGGAAUGUGAGGAAUGAUGAAUGUACUGUAUGUUUCUACUCACCGCCGAGACUGUUUAAUAUCAUUUUAGCAUUUCUCUUUAAAUCUAGCGUCUGUUUCUAAAAGUAAACUAGUUUUUUAAACUGUGCUUUUUUUUUCCCCACACCAAAGUUUUGUACAUGUGGCAGCUUUGCGUUCACACAAUCAUAAAACAAGAGGAAAUAAAGAGAGAGAAUAUUAACAUAGAGCACGUACACACACACACGCACACACCCUCUGCUGCUGCACGACUGUUCAUACAGAAUACUCUUUAAACCAUAUGCAAUGUUAAAAUCUCUCUAUAAAGUGUAAAUAAAUAAAUAAAUAAAUAACCUGUUACACAUGUGCACUGC